GCUGAGGUUCCCGGGCGGGCGGGCGCGGAGAGACGCGGGAAGCAGGGGCUGGGCGGGGGUCGCGGCGCCGCAGCCAGCGCAGCCAACCCGAGGGGCCGCCGCCGCCGCCCAGCGCGCUCCGGGGCCGCCGGCCGCCGCCAGCACCCGCCGCGCCGCAGCUCCGGGACCGGCCCCGGCCGCCGUCGCCGCGAUGGGCAACGCCGCAGCCGCCAAGAAGGGCAGCGAACAGGAGAGCGUGAAAGAGUUCUUAGCCAAAGCCAAAGAAGAUUUUCUUAAAAAAUGGGAAAAUCCUGCUCAGAAUACAGCCCAUUUGGAUCAGUUUGAACGAAUCAAGACCCUCGGCACGGGCUCCUUUGGGCGGGUGAUGCUGGUGAAGCACAAGGAGACCGGGAACCACUUUGCCAUGAAGAUCCUCGACAAACAGAAGGUCGUGAAGCUGAAACAGAUUGAGCAUACCCUGAACGAAAAGCGCAUCCUGCAAGCGGUCAACUUCCCGUUCCUCGUCAAACUCGAGUUCUCCUUCAAGGACAACUCGAAUUUAUACAUGGUCAUGGAGUAUGUGCCUGGCGGGGAGAUGUUCUCGCAUCUGCGGCGGAUCGGAAGGUUCAGUGAACCGCAUGCCCGCUUCUAUGCGGCCCAGAUCGUCCUGACCUUCGAGUACCUGCACUCACUUGACCUCAUCUACCGGGACCUGAAGCCGGAGAACCUCCUCAUUGACCAGCAGGGCUACAUUCAGGUGACAGACUUCGGUUUUGCCAAGCGUGUAAAAGGCCGCACCUGGACCUUAUGCGGGACCCCCGAGUACCUGGCCCCAGAGAUCAUCCUGAGCAAAGGCUACAACAAGGCUGUGGACUGGUGGGCCCUAGGGGUUCUCAUCUACGAGAUGGCCGCUGGCUACCCACCCUUCUUUGCUGACCAGCCUAUCCAGAUCUACGAGAAGAUUGUCUCUGGGAAGGUGCGGUUCCCGUCCCACUUCAGCUCUGACCUGAAGGAUCUGCUACGGAACCUGUUGCAGGUGGACCUCACCAAACGCUUCGGGAACCUCAAGAAUGGGGUGAACGAUAUCAAGAACCACAAGUGGUUUGCCACAACUGACUGGAUCGCCAUCUAUCAGAGGAAGGUGGAAGCUCCCUUCAUACCAAAGUUUAAAGGCCCUGGGGACACGAGUAAUUUUGACGACUAUGAGGAGGAAGAGAUCCGAGUCUCCAUCAAUGAAAAGUGUGGCAAGGAGUUUACUGAGUUUUAGGGGUGUGCCUGUGCCCCCAUGGGUUUUCUUUCUUUUUUUUUUUUUUUUUGGUGGGGGGGUGGGAGGGUUGGAUUGAACAGCCAGAGGGCCCCAGAGUUCCUUGCAUCUAACUUCACCCCCACCCCACUCUCCAGGGUAGGGGGAGCAGGAAGUCAGAUAUUCAGAGGAAUGGAAACACCAGCUGCUCCCCCUUAUCCCCUCACCUUCCUGCCCCCUACCCC